CAACCCUGGAUUUGCCAUUUAUUUCGACGCGACGCGAGUGAAGAAAAACAAUCAAAUUUGUUUGGUAUACCGUGCAAAAUCAGGCCCAAUAAACAGUGAGUUACAUUAAAAGGACUAACGACGAACCGGGUGCCACCAAAUGAGCAAUCCGUGAACAAUGGCUUUGCACAAGCGGAAAAAUUCGCACUCGGAUCCCAUUUCGGGCGCUGAGGUAGACUACAAGUUUUCAUGCCGUUGUUGUUUGAAGACCAAUGUGGAGUACCUUAAACUAGACUCGACGACAGUGGCGCGCAGUCUGGAUCCGGCGGACACAUCGGAAAAGAUUCCGCUACUUCGCUGCCUGCUCUUCUGCAUGAGCGCUGAGAAUGUGCCGGAGCUCCCACAACACAUAUGUAUCGAGUGCAGCAAGAGUCUGCAAGUAGCCUACUACUUUCUUAAGAAUGCAUUGCGUGCUCACGAGAUUCUGUGCCGGAAACUGUGUCCCAAAGCAUCAAAGAGGCCAAACGGGGCUAUGGCCCUGCAGCCGGAAAAAAAAUUAGAGAAGUCAUUUUUUAACGAGUUGGAUUCGGAGAGAACAAAGUCUUUGAAAACGAUGCGUCAUGAGUGCCAAGUCUGCGGAGUGGUGGUCUACAAUCGUCUUGAGCUCAAACAACAUAUUCGCCAGCAUGCAGAGGGCAUUUCGUACAACUGUAAGUUGUGCAACUUCACCACACUAAAACAGCGUGUACUGGUAAAUCACUAUGAGGCAAACCACGGCAUGUCCACUAGCCAGGCGGAGGAUCACAUUAAAUCGAAGAAUUUACCAGUGCAAAGGGAGGAAGAAGUAAAGGCGGUGUGUACGCUGGAAGAUAUGGAGCUGCUAAUACCCACUGUACUGAGGCCAGAGGACUACGCUCAGCCGCAACCGCAGAUUGAUCCCGACCAGUUGCGCGACAUUGAGCACCAGCUGGCCGUUAGCAUGGGCGAAACGGUACCUGGAGUAGACUCCCUUACAUCCACAUUACCACCCAUGGACACACCCAAUGUGAGCAUCGGUACCGAGUAUCUUGUUCUUCCCGAUGGGUCGCUGCAGCAGGUCAACGGCAGCGGCGUGGUCAUAGAAUAUAUCGACGAUAGCAAGAACAAUACCCCCAAUAUAAGCCUACAAAAUCUCCUGGCUAGCGAUGACCAAGGCGAACAGAUGGAUAUUGAUGUCAACAACUUUAUCGUAGAGGAGGUGCCUCAGAUCAGAGCUAAGACAAGGGCUGUAGCUAGCGGAUCACCCAUUUACAAGCAUAAGUGUAAAAUGUGUCCAAAAACAUUUUCCAACGUUUCGCGCCUAAAAUCUCACCAGUUGACCCACAGCAAUCUGCCCAAGUUUCACUGCGACCAGUGCUCUUUUUAUUCACUACGCAGCUCCGAUCUCAUACAGCACUACAAAUUGGCCCACCAUAGAUCUGAUGAGAACGGAAAAAUCGGAGAUAGGGACUCGGCGGAUAAUUCACGAGUCUACUCAUGCGACAUGUGUCUCUAUGAGACGCGCAACGUCAAUCAGUUGCGAGCGCACUACAAGAUUCGGCACGCGGUUCAUCCCACAGAGGUGCAGUUGCGUCCCAGUUGGACAUCUGAGUUGGAAAGCACUGUCGAAGCGGUAACAGCUGGAGUUACUUCCAAGGAGCUGCCUUCGUCCACUAAAUCAGAUCAUACCAACAUCCCAGUGGGCAUCAAAUAUCCGCCAGUUGUUGUGGAAACAAAGGUUCCAGUGCAACAGGAAACUCCGAUGGCCACCACAUCAACGACCAUUACCGAAACGGGUGACAUUAACGUAGUGGUGGAUGCAACACCGCUCUUUUAUGCAGCAACCUCCACGGCAGUAACGGACCCGGUUCCAGUGACAACGAUGCCGGAAUCUACUGUAGAACCAAUAAAGAAUGAUUUUGAUAUCUUUCCCGAAAUCACAGAAGGCACUUUGCCAGUAAAUGAAGCCGUACAGGAAGUUCCAGUCAAUACCUCAAACAUAUCGAUCUUUGGCGACAUGCAGGACUUUAUUGACAACACUGAUGUGGCUGCCAUAUGCACGAUUCCCGCCGAUGAUAUGCCUGUUGUAGAUGGUGAUGACAUAGUGAUUGAUAAUAAUAAUAUCAGUUUGGACUUUGAUGCCGAGAAUUUAUUUGAGGAGUUUGAAGAGGAAGAAGAUGCGGUGGGAGAAGAGGAGGAGGAAUUAGAAGACGCCGAAAAUGAUGAUGAGAAUGAUAACAAUGAUGCUGCCGCAGAUCAGAAUCUGCUGCUAACCAGCGACGAUGAUGAUGUCGACGAUUUUGAUGAUGAGCAAUCAAAGCAUCUGCAAAAGCCAUACUGCAUUUACUGCAACAAGAAAUUUACCAGCCAGUAUAAAUUCGAAAACCACAUGUUUGUCCAUCGGGGUUUGGCCCCAUAUCGCUGUGAGCUGUGUACCAAUCUGUAUAACAUGAAGCGCUUGCUGAUCAGGCACUAUAAAACUGUGCACAAGCGAAUGCCCACAAGGGACAUGGUCCAGGCCAAGGGCGAUAAGGUUUCCGUAGCCCGCACCAACAUCGAGAAAAUCUAUUUUGACAAGAAGAAUCCAAUGUUAAUGUGUGCCAAAUGUCCGUAUGAGUGCGAAUCAGAAGAGGAUAUGCGGAAGCAUUUGAAUGCUCAUCACGGCAUAAACGAUGGAGUGUCUGCUCAAGCCAACGAGGUGUUUAUCAUACGCAAACUACCAUUCGAAUGUCCGCGCUGCAUUAGAUCGUUUGCAGCUAAGACAAUUCUCAGCCGCCAUCUGCAGCGCAGUCACUUGGUGGAUACGAUAAUAGAGAUGCAAAUGCCGGAAACGGCGGAAACCAGCAAAGUUAUCAUGACCAUGCCAACAUCCUCGACACCGAGUUCCGGGCCAGUGAACCCGGUUCUAGAGGAUAACAAUCAAAUUGAGGUGAUGCAGACGGAUGGUGAGGCUGAGAAGAUGACAACGGAUGCUUCAGGCAAUGGCGAUGGCAAUGAAAUAACAGGCAAGGAUGAUGGAUCAGGAGAUAAAUUGGAAGCGAUGGUGCCAGAAGAAGAACUUGAUCCAGUGACACUAGACGCAGCCACAGCGGUGACCACAACAGCAAUAGCAGCAGCAAUAACAGCGGCAGCAGCAGAGACACCAUCUACAUCGUUCCAAUCACCCAUCAGAACCACAACUUCAACUACCCCAUUUACGACACCUACACAGUUUGAUUUCGAUUAUGACUUUAUGGGAGACGCAACCCAACGAAUAACACCAAAUUCCAAUCCUAUUCCCAAAUCCACCAGCAUAGAAUCUCCAACUAACAUGGUUAACGGUAGCGACAAACUUUUAACCUCCAACUUUCUGGCUACAUCGCCAGCAAAGGGAUUGCGCUCCCAUACCCGCCUUCCGCGCCUGUCUACUUACAUGUGCAAGCUGUGUAACAAGACCUUUGACGAGCUAGGCAAACUGGUCAAACACGAGAUUGAGAUGCACUCCAAUACGGAGCCAUCACGAUGGGGCUUCCAGCACAAGUGUGCCAUCUGCAAUACGACGUACCGCACGCUAACACUUCUUAAGUUCCACAUGAAGCGGCACAGCAAGGGAAAAUUGCAGUGUAAGCUUUGCCCAAAAAGCUUUGCAACUAACUUGGAGUUGGAGCGACACAUGAAGGGCAAGCAUAACAAAGAGAAGUCUUUACGAUGCUUAUUGGAUGGAUGCCGGAAGACAUUCGCCCUUAAGCACCAUUUAAUCCGUCAUCAGAAGGCAAUGCAUCUCAACACGCGAUAUAUAUGCCCAAUUUGCAACAAGGAGGUGCAAUCAAAUUUGCAUAUGAGAAAUCACAUGAGCCUACACAAGGGCGGUAUGACUUACAAGUGUCCUAAGUGCGAUCGCUCCUAUUUGCGGCAAGGCCGACUCACAAGCCAUGUUCUCAGGAUUCAUAAAAUCCGUCUGACAAGCGAAGAGAUUGAAAAAAUUUCAUCGCAGGGUGUUGAAUAUCCGCCGAACGAUCUAAAGGCAUUUAAGUUAAUGGGGACACGUAAGGAUAUGGAUGACCAAACUGAAAUUAAGGAGGAGCACACAGGUGCAGCCGAUAAUUCCAAUUAGUUUUAACUCAUGCUCUUACCAAUCAAGCAAAGUAAUCGCACAAUGUACAAAGUUUGAUAUAGUCUAAGUUCCUCUCCAUCGUUUUAACACAUCUAAUGUCUUGAAGUUUCCUCUUAAGUUGUAGAAUAAGCCCAUUGAAUUUUAUCUCCCUUAUAACAUUAGCCGAAAUACAGACAACUCAUUUAUCGGCA